ACAAUCGCUAGCUAGCAAGCAAGCACCCCACCAGCGCGCUUCCGUUGGUCGGUGGUUUGGUUUGACACAAGUUUGACGCUAACAGAGUAGCACGCCCGCUGCACGUGCGUUAAAAACAUAGACGCGGCGAAACGCGGCAAAAAUAUUCGAAUUUUGAACGCGGUGUUUUUUUUAAUUAAUCGGGAUACCGAGACAAAGUGGUCCAUUUAUUGAGAUGCAAGUGUAAGAAUGACAAAGGAAUAAAUAACUUUAAAGUUUUAAAUAAAUUAUUUUAUUUAUUUAUUACAUAAUGACAAGCUACGAAGUGACCGUAGACAACAACAUGAACAAGACUGAAUCAAAUAACAAGAACAAAUCAAGUCAAGACGUCGAGAAAGGGAAAAAGGUUGACGACGAUUCUUCGACACCUUGGCUGAAAAUCAUAGGGAUGUUGCUGGCUCUGUCGGCGCUGGCGGCGGCGGGGGCGGUCACCUGGUUGUACGACAGCUGGCAGACCAGCCUACAAGUCAUGGCCAUCAUCAUAGCCGUGUACAUCGUCAUAUUCUUCUAUAGGUGGAUCUACGUCGCUAUUCUGACUGCGCCUAGAGAUUUAAAAGCCCUCUACUGCUACCUUAAAAUAUUAUGGCUGACGCGGACUUUGAACAAGAAGAACUGGUCAAUGCCGGACAUCUUCCACGAGCACGUGAAGAAACACCCUAACAAGGCGUGCUUCUUAUUUGAAGAAGAGACUUGGUCCUUCCAAAAGGUGGAAGAGUUCAGUCUCCGCGUCUCAGCUGUUCUAAAGAAACAGGGAGUAAAGAAGGACGAUGUCGUGGCUGUGAUGAUGAGCAAUUGUCCAGAAUUGCCCUCCACCUGGCUGGGAAUCGCCCGCGUCGGUGGGGUGUCACCCCUCAUCAACACCAACCAGACUGGCAACACAUUGCUGCACUCCAUCAACAUUGCACACUGCAACUGUGUCAUCUACGGGUCGGAGUUUGAAGCCGCUUUCCAAGAGAUAUCAAAGGAGUUGGAUCCCAAAAUAAAACUAUUCAAAUUCACACGUCGUCCUCUGAACACGUCACCAGACUCGGUGAAAGUGGUGGAUUCUCCGGAUGACUUCACCUCCUUGCUGGAGACUACACCACCUGCGCCGUGGACCCUAUCAGAAGGCGGUGGUUUUAAUGGAAAACUUCUUUACAUAUAUACCUCUGGAACCACUGGGUUACCAAAGGCUGCUGUUAUUUCGUCAUCAAGGAUGGUGUUCAUGACCUCCGGGGUCUAUCACCUCGGCGGGCUGACGAAGUCAGACGUGAUCUACUGCCCCAUGCCGCUGUACCACUCUGCUGGCGGCUGUAUCACCAUAGGCCAAGCCUGCAUCUUCGGCUGCACCAUCGCCAUCAAGGCCAAGUUUUCCGCGUCCAACUACUUCAAGGACUGCAUCAAAUACAAGGCUACAGCCGCCCAUUACAUCGGCGAGAUGUGCCGCUACAUCCUGGCGACGCCGCCGUCACCCACCGACAAGCAGCACAAGGUUCGGGUGGUCUACGGCAACGGCAUGAGGCCCGCGAUCUGGACAGAUUUCGUCAAAAGGUUCAAUAUAAAGAGAGUGAGCGAGUUCUAUGGAGCAACGGAAGGCAACGCAAACAUUGUGAAUGUGAACAACAGGACAGGGUCGAUAGGCUUCGUGUCCCGCAUCAUCCCAGGUGUGUACCCCAUCGCCAUCCUGAAGGUGGACCAGGAGACCGGCGAGCCCAUAAGGAACUCCAAAGGACUUUGCAUGUUGGCGAAGCCCAACGAGCCAGGCGUGUUCAUCGGCAAGAUCAACCCCAACCUGCCGUCGCGGGCGUACCUCGGCUACGUGGACAAGUCCGCGUCCGAGAAGAAGAUCGUACGGGACGUGUUCUCGUAUGGAGACUCCGCCUUUAUUUCAGGCGACAUCCUGGUGGCGGACGAGCUGGGCUACCUGUACUUCCGGGACCGCACCGGCGACACGUUCCGCUGGCGCGGCGAGAACGUCAGCACCACCGAGGUCGAGGCCGCCAUCUCCAGGGUCAUUGACCAGAGAGACGCCGUUGUUUAUGGUGUUGAGGUUCCAAACACUGAGGGCCGUGCUGGCAUGUGUGGCAUCGUAGAUGUGAAUGAGACACUAGACGUCGACAAGCUGGCCAAAGAUCUGGAAAAAGACCUGCCCAAAUAUGCCAGACCCAUUUUCAUCAGAAUCAUGACAAGUGUGGAUAUGACCGGGACUUUCAAAAUGAGGAAAGUGGACCUAGUCAAAGAGGGAUUCAACCCCGCAGUGGUGAAAGAUAAGUUGUUCUAUUUCGACCCGCAAAAAAAUAAAUACAUUACGUUAGAUCAAGAAGUGUACAACAAAAUAGAAUCGGGCCAAAUUAGACUGUGAUUUAGUUUAGUUAUAGCUUUAGGGAGCUUUGAUUAUAAAUAUAAAUCAAAGUAUGGGGUUAUUGUUAAUUUAUUAUACGUACACGUGAAUUGUUUGUUUUGCAUAAAACUUAUUCGGAACAACAGACAUGAUUUUUAUUUUACUUGUAAUUUUACGUCUGUUGUUUACAAGUUCGUCAAUGUCAGCUCUUCAGUAUGGUACACCAUGGUGAUUAGGAAAAAUGUCUUUUUUUCCUUACACGCUUUAUGCCGCAGGCAAUGCACUGUUUCUGUGAAGAAAUAGUAUCAAAAUCCUUAAUAAGAAUAUGCACAUAAUGACUGCACGUACUUAAGUACUAUUGCAGGUAGGUACCUAAAGCAGACAUUGCCAGGACCUUUUCUUUAUUUAUUAAUAUAGAUAGGUAGGUCACCUACUUUCGAGGCCUACUGGGGUUACGUAAGAAAUCAUGUAAUAUUUUUUUAUUAUCAUGUUUUAACAUUCAGCGGAGCAUGUAAGUUUAAAAGUAUUUUUUAGGUAUAAGUCAUUCAUCAAUUCUGCGAAUUUUUGUAAAUAAAUUAUCUAGAUGGUAAUGGUAAAGGUGUAGUAUAAAAUAUACGCUUCAGUAGGUAGUUGCAAUUGCGACAACUAUUAUAAUGUUAUGUGGAUAAGAGAAAGAAUUACCUACCUAUAGUGAAAUGUGGUGUUACUUUUAGCAUAGGUACAUAAAUAACUAGAUAACGAAUAUAUUGCAUUUUUCUCCUGCUGCAAGCAAAUAAGUAGGUAAUUCCAAUUGAAAAUGAUUGUGAUAAAUAGGAUGUGUUUUGUAAACUAUUUGCUAACUUUUCUAACUAAUGUUGUUAUUUAUAUUACUGUAUUUUAGAUAAAAAGACUACUAGGGUAAUAGGUAUUUCUACUGUAAGUAAUUUGUUGUAUUGUUUUCAUUAUGAAGUAAGUAAUUUUGUACUUAAAGUAUGUUUUGUAUGAAAUUUAAAAAUUACCUUUGAUUGAUAUUAUAGCAAUGUGCAAUAUAAUAUGUAAA